CUCCCACCCCCUCAAAACCCCCCCUCCCAAAUCUCAGAUCUAAAAAUUUCAAAAACUUCUCUUCCCCUUCCCCUUUCCUUUCGUUUCCUUUCAUUUUCACUUUCUCAAACUAAUUCGAGUCAACAAUGGCCGGCACUCCUUCACCUCGCGAGGAGAAUGUCUACAUGGCGAAACUCGCCGAGCAAGCCGAACGCUACGAGGAAAUGGUUGAGUUCAUGGAGAAAGUCUCGGCUUCCGUUGAAAACGAGGAACUCAGCGUCGAGGAACGGAACCUCCUCUCCGUCGCUUAUAAGAACGUGAUCGGCGCACGCCGUGCUUCCUGGCGCAUCAUCUCCUCCAUUGAGCAGAAAGAGGAGAGCCGUGGUAAUGAGGAUCACGUCGCUGUGAUCCGUGAUUAUCGCGCCAAGAUCGAGUCCGAACUCUCCUCGAUCUGUGACGGGAUCUUGAAGCUCCUUGACUCCAGGCUUAUCCCUUCGGCUUCCGCUGGAGAUUCCAAGGUCUUUUAUCUUAAGAUGAAGGGAGAUUAUCAUAGGUAUUUGGCUGAGUUCAAGACUGGAGCCGAACGCAAGGAAGCUGCCGAGAGUACUCUCACUGCUUACAAAUCUGCUCAGGAUAUUGCCAACGCCGAGUUGGCUCCGACUCAUCCGAUCCGGCUUGGACUGGCCCUCAAUUUCUCUGUUUUCUACUAUGAGAUUCUCAAUUCUCCUGAUCGCGCUUGCAAUCUUGCUAAGCAGGCAUUUGAUGAAGCAAUUGCCGAGUUGGAUACUCUAGGCGAGGAAUCAUACAAGGACAGCACUCUCAUCAUGCAACUCCUCCGUGACAAUCUCACUCUCUGGACGUCUGACAUGCAGGAUGAUGGAGCUGAUGAGAUCAAAGAAGCGCCGAAGCGCGAGGAGGAGCAGCAGCAACAACAACAGCCAAAGCAGUAGUGAGACCCUGCUGGGCUGGCCAGCUCUUUCUAUUACUUGCCAAUUUAGGGUUUCGAAUGAAACUUCUCCUUUAUGUGUUUUUGAUAGGAGAAAGAUUGCUUAUUGCUAAUUUAAAUUCCCCCUUGCUGCUAUCAAAUACUUUAGGCAAUUCUUGUCUUUGUUUUACUCCAUCGUCUAUGUACUGAGUUUUAUUUAUCCUCUAAUUUUCUCUCUUCUUUUUUUUAGCAUGUUCUAUUAAAGUUCUACGUGUUUUAUUUAUCCUCUAA